CUCCGUAAUGUAGAGGAAAAGGACUAAAACAAAACGUAGUAGUAGAGGAGAGGAGAGGAGAGGAGAGGAGAGAGAGAGAGAGAGAGUCCUCCUCUUUGUGCUGUUGUGACGGUGCGGUUGAAGCGCUCGAGACCGAUUGCCUCUUCACGGAGCUAUUGGAUUCGAUCUUUCUUACUGAUCGGCCUAAAAUCUUUUAUCUUGGGAAAGUUCUAGUUUCCCUUGAACUCCUGAUUGAUUUGAUUCUUUUUAUUGUUUGGAAUUUGUUAUUUCGUUUGUUUAUGAUCUUUAGGCUAGAAGAUUUUACUCUGAUUUUGAAACCCUAAUUUGGAAGCUUAUAUCAAUUUUUGGAUUUCCAAACCCUAAUUUUCAUUGAUGGCCACCGCUUCCUCUAACCCUACCUCUCCUGCACUAAACGCCGCCGCCGCCGCCGCCGGUGGGGUCAGUAGUCCCAAGUCUCGGCGCUGGACUCAGAUAGUUGGCGAAUCGGAAUUAGUAGUACCUGUGGUGAUCCCUCCUCAAUGCCCGCCUUCUCCUUCGACUAGUGUUGCUCAAGAACACAUGGAAAGCGUCUCUGGUUGGGCAACUGGGAAUUCGCCUCUGCAGGAUACUGCUACUGAAGCUCAGCCUGAGAGCUUUGAGAAUAGUGACAGUGGCAACAAUGCAGUAAAGAAGCCAGCUUGGAACAAACCUAAUGGUUCUACAGAGGCUGGCCCUGUGAUGGGGGCAGUGUCUUGGCCUGCCCUCUCGGAAUCCACAAAGGCUUCUCCAAAAUCUGCUUCUUAUGAUCCCCUAAAAACCCCAUUGGAUGGUUCAGUCCCUCCACCUCAGGGCACUGGCAUAGCUCCAUCAUCUUCACCUAAGCCUGUUCAUACUAAUAAUACAACUACUCCAAAUUCAACUCCAAAUCAUGUCCCUGCACGUCAGAGAUCUAAUAAGCGUGGUGCUGGUGGGAACUCGAGCAAUACUGCAUUAGCGAAUGGCAGUGUGUCUCAGCCGCAGCAACCACAAAGUUUGGUGGUGGAAAUGGCACCUAAUAGUGCUGGAAAGCCCGGUGUGGAGCCAUAUGCAAGAGAUAAUGUGCAUAGGGAUGGUGGACAGAGGGGAGGAUUUGGGUCCCAAUCUAUUGGUGGGAAUGAGAACCAAUACACACGAAGUUCACCCAGAAAGGGUAAUGGUAGACCACGCCCUCGGGGGGAUGGAUCUUAUCACCAUGGUCAUGGUGGUGGGCGUGAUCAAGAACGUGGAAAUCAGGAUUGGAAUGCUAAUCGAAGUUUUGGCAACAGAGAUGCUCACUUGCAGCCACUGAGGGUGCCUUCUAGACCCUUCCUACGUGUGCCUCCCCCUUCCCCUCCUUUUAUUCCCCCACUCAUGCCUAUGCGUCCUUUGGGCUCUCCUAUAGUUUAUCCAGAAGUUCCUCCUAUGUAUUAUGUACCGGGGCCACAUCCAGAUUCACUAGUAAUGCCUAUGCUUGCUUCUCCGCCACCUGGCCCACCGGUGUUCUAUCAAUUUCUAGAUCCCCAAUUGCUUUCUAAGAUAGUAAAUCAGAUAGAGUAUUAUUUCAGUAACGAAAAUUUAAUUAAAGACAUGUAUUUGCGGAAAGAAAUGGAUGAUCAAGGCUGGGUUCAUGUCAGAUUAAUAGCCAGCUUCAAGAAAGUUGCAGAGUUGACGGAUGAUAUACAGCUCAUAAUGCAUGCUAUACGAACUUCAACCGUGGUAGAAAUACAGGGUGAAAAAUUGAGGCCACGAAAUGACUGGAAAAAGUGGAUCUUGCCACCGUCCGUACAAUAUUCGAUUUCAAGUCCUCAAUCUGUCCGAAGUCCUGGUUCUGAUGUACUUAGCCAGCAUUUUCAGGGCGUCACCUUGGAUGAGAAAAAUGCUAAUGAACAUGAACGCGGUAAUGCUGAAGCACAUCUUAAUAGAUCAUCAUCGGAGUAGAAGAAUAGCCAAGUUCAAUCUUGACGAGUGCACUCAGAUUCUUUUUGAGGGACAGCGCUGACUCACAAAGAACCUUGGUGCGCAAAUUGGACAACCAAACAAGAAAAAAAGGAGAGAAAAGAAAAGAGAAAGAGAGAACGAUUUAUUAUUACUAAGAAUAAAAGAAAACACAGAAGAUAGAGGAUUAAACCGAGUUGGAAGCUGGUUGUUUGACUUGAUGGGAUGUAUAUUUUGUUUUGUUUUGGACAAAGUGUUGCCCUAUUAAUUAUUCCGUGACUGUGACUGUGUUAUUACUAUUUUAUCCAACACAAGAGUUUUGAUUUUGGUUGUCCA